GCCAACGACCACCACUAGGUACGGUCGGGAUGGACAGCUAGCGGGAGACAUGUCUGGAGCGUCACUCGUCGUACUCAUUUGCUUCUUAUGUCUUCUAAAAGAAUCGCUACAAGGACCUCACGAGAAACGUCUACUGCACAACCUCCUUGACCAUUACAACGUAUUGGAGCGACCUGUGGCCAACGAGUCGGACCCUCUGCAGCUGAGUUUCGGCCUUACACUAAUGCAGAUCAUAGACGUGGAUGAGAAGAAUCAGCUACUAAUAACAAACAUUUGGUUAAAACUGGAAUGGAACGAUGUCAAUCUCAGGUGGAACUCAACAGAAUACGGAGGCGUCAAAGAUUUAAGAAUACCACCUCACAGGAUAUGGAAACCAGACGUGCUGAUGUAUAACAGUGCCGACGAGGGGUUCGACGGCACUUACCCGACCAACGUUGUUGUCAGAAACAACGGAAGCUGUCUGUACGUCCCUCCUGGCAUCUUCAAGAGCACUUGCAAGAUUGACAUUACCUGGUUUCCCUUUGACGACCAGAAGUGCGAGAUGAAGUUCGGUAGCUGGACCUAUGAUGGAUUUCAGUUGGAUCUUCAGCUGCAGGACGAUGGUGGAGGGGAUAUCAGCAGUUUUAUAACCAAUGGGGAGUGGGAUCUCCUAGGUGUUCCGGGAAAACGGAACGAAAUUUACUACAAUUGCUGCCCAGAACCUUACAUUGAUAUCACCUUUAUCAUAAUGAUUAGAAGACGGACUCUCUACUACUUUUUCAACCUAAUAGUCCCGUGCGUACUCAUCGCUUCCAUGGCCGUGCUAGGCUUUACACUGCCACCGGACUCGGGCGAAAAGCUAUCUUUAGGCAUGCCUGGAGUGAAGAACGUGAAGAACUACGCCUGCUGCCCAGAGCCCUACGUGGACAUAACUUUCGCCAUCCUUAUUCGCCGAAGGACUCUCUUCUACACCGUCAACUUGAUCGUGCCCUGCGUCAUGAUAUCUUCAAUGACCCUUUUGGGGUUCACGCUCCCCCACGAGUGUGGCGAAAAGCUUACUUUAGGGGUCACAAUCCUCCUAUCUCUCUCUGUCUUUUCACUCAUGAUUGCCGAUGCUUUACCGCAGACAUCAGAAGCUAUUCCCCUACUAGGUACAUAUUUCAACUGUAUAAUGUUCAUGGUUGCGUCUUCUGUGGUGUCGACCAUCCUCAUCCUCAACUACCACCAUAGAAACGCCGACACCCAUGAGAUGUCGCCUUGGAUCAAAUCGCUGUUCCUCCACUGGCUGCCGUGCAUUCUGCGCAUGUCACGCCCCGGUCUGCAGAACGCCGACAACGUGUCGGACAGUCGGAAAUCUCUGCAGCUACGGGAGUUGGAACUGAAGGAGCGUUCUUCCAAGAGUCUGUUGGCCAACGUGCUCGACAUCGACGACGACUUUCGCCACGGGACGUUGCAGUCUUCGAGUCACACGUUCCUGCGGGGGCACGAAGACGGGGGCGGAGUCCUCCACUCCUGCCUGGGCCCCCACCGGGAGCUCACGCUCAUCCUCAAGGAGCUGCGGGUGAUCACUGACAAGCUGAGGAAGGAGGACGAGGCCGCAGAGGUGACCAACGACUGGAAGUUCGCCGCCAUGGUGGUCGAUCGCCUCUGCCUCAUCAUCUUCACCCUGUUCACAGUCAUAGCCACCAUCGCAGUGCUCUGUUCCGCGCCUCACAUCAUAGUCACGUAAUCUCCUUUGGACCUUGUGCGUGAUCAACGGGUAAUAUGUUCAUACGUCGAAACUUUUUAUGUAGCGAUUGUACAUUAGUAAUAAAUUAAAGACGGAUAACCAAAUGUAACGUAGUGCAACCCUGUAACGAAUUUAUCGUGCUCCUCUACACGGAGCGUUGUUAACACUUUUAUAAUCGAGUGUAAGUUAAACUAGAUUUCAUAAACCCGUGUUUAAACUGUUAUAAAAUACUUUAAUAUUCGUAAUUUUAAAUGUAUUUUGAUUCUUAGAGUAAUAAGACGAGUGGGUCCCUGGUUCUUCUGGUAAAUGUACACGUUUAGAGAUUAUAUCCCUGUGUCUCAGUUAUUGAGGAGAAAUAUAAAAUACACUGGCUCUUUUUAGUAACAAGUUUUAAUCCUUACGAUUAUCAUAAUAGGUUUACUUACAGCCCUUAAUAAACUGUUUAAAACAUUUCGAACCCUAAAAAACACUAUGUAUUGGACAUUUUUGCAUCCUUCACUCCUUCGUUCAAACCCAUCGUUCAGUUCACUGUCCUACUCGAAUAACCAGGGAACGAUUGUUUAAACAUUUCUAUAACAUAUGCUCGUGCCUACAACUGUUCAAACGCUCAUCGGGCGCUGUUACGAAAGGUCUAACCUACGGUAAGGGAGGAAUAAGUGUUAGAUUAAUGUCUCAAAGACAAUGUGUAUUCAUAUAAGUUAACAAAUUGUUGUAUUUAGAUUGUUUAUCACAUUCUGGUAAGCAUACUGGUACCAAUGCCGUCAUUUAUCGACGUAGAGUUUUUACUGUAGUUAUAAUCGAAAGGCCAAGAUGCAGUAUGUAAACCGAAACGAAUUAGAAUUGCUUUGCGAAUCAGCCUGGGAUAACAAUGGUAGGUGGUUUUGUUCACCAAAUAUCUGCAUUUAGGCUCUUCCAAAUUUCAAACAUGCUUAGUAUUUUAACCCAACAUAAAAGUACAAACAAUUCAGUUUAUUCUAUUACUGUUCUACGUAUUUUGUAUACCUCUGCACGCUACCCCCAUGUUAUCAGGAUAAAUAACAACUAACUAAUUUAUAUUGCAUGUUCCUAUAUAUGUUUUUUAUAUAUUUCAUAAAUCUCUUGUAUGAAUUUCAAAUCUUGGGUGUGUUCCCUUACUUAUCUCAGUGCUCAUUGAACCAUUAUUAUGCUGGCUUUAUAUUACUAUUAAACUAGGGCCCGUCCUACGCUUGUGAAUCAAGUAGUCAGUUUAAACUAUUUUAUUCACCUGAUUCACCCUUAAAAUUUAAAUUUCUCAAGAUAUGCACUCACAGCCAUUAUCAUCUGGAUAUUAACCUACAUAUAGACACAUUCUGAUAGUUUUAAUAUUUAAAGAAUCCUUGUACAUAGUCGUGGUCACCUAUUUUUAUCUGAGUAUGCACAUCUGUAUGCAUUUUAAAACCAAUGAGUUUACAAUAAAACAACAAUAACUUUAACAUAACAUAAACAACAGUCUCUGUACAAAGCCUUGAAGUGAGAUUGGAGCCGAUUUUCACAGUAGACAUAAAAAGAUCUAAUACCAUCUUCAAUUGAAUAAUAUUGCCUAAUGGGGUUUCUGGCCUUGUCAUCUACACAGUUCCACCCUCUUCUAUCACAUGCCUCUUUUAAUGUACAUCCCAGCCCCUGUCUUUCCUUGCAUUGUCUUUGCACUUCACUCUUGGUCUUCCAAGCGGUCAUCUUCAUUAUUUUACUAUCAUUAAAUUGGACUUUUCCAAAGGGUCUUGUUUUAAAAACUACAUAACGUUUCUGGAGGUGGAUAAGCUCCUCCCAUUAUCAAGAAAAAAAAUUCCAAUGCUGCAGUGACAAAAACUUCUUACAUCUACAUUAUGAUUAUCUAUUAUUAGGAUCUAUUAGGAUUAUCUACAUUAAUACUCCUCGGAAUAGACUGUUGAAAUUUGCAUGUUCUUCUCUCUUCCACACAUGGCCUAUCCAUGUUAGCCUUGUACUUUUGGACAGCGCCACUUUCAUAUCCUCAAACUUUGGUUUUCUUAAAUUGGUCCAUAAAAUGUUUGUUUUUUUUCUCGGCACUCUAUCCUCAAACACAACAGUUAUGUUUUGUCGGAUUUCUUGGUCAGUACCUACCUAGUUUUAUUAGUACUACCUUUGACUACUAGGAUAUAUGGUAUAGUGCUUAUUGGUUUCUACCGACAACAAUUUGGACUUCAGCAGUUUUCUAGAUACCAAUAUUGUAUACCUACAACACCAGUUGAAAUUUUCAUUACUAUCCAACAUUUAGGUAUACCAUAAGACAUUCGAACAUUCAGAAAAAGAUCUAUCUAACACUUAAAGUAAAUAUAAACUUUUACAACAAAACUGUAGUUUGCUGCAAAAAUAUUUCCCCAUCAUAUGAAUUCAAAUUUCCAUAGUAUAAAUAUUUACACGGAUUAUAUUUACGACGAAACUUAAUUAUAUGAAAAUGUUUAGGAUGUAGUUAAAAUUAUUAUACAUUUUCUGAAAACGAAAAUCAUAUACAGUUAGGUUAGAAAAAAACUACUUAUAGUAAAAUCGUAAAAAUAUGUGCAUUGUUCAGUAAUACCGACGAUCAAUAUUCUUGUAAACAACUUGUAACGUAAACAUUUUAGUGACAGUUUAAAACCAACUGUUACUUAAACAAAAAAUAUGUUAAAACAGAUUUAAAAUGAUAGUGUUGGUUGCCUGACUUUUUAGGAACUAAAACAACUUUUUCCAAAAAACUGAACUCCCAAAUUAAAAUUAUGGCUUCGACUUUCCCUCCCUUUCAAGAAUAUCUUCUUUCAACAGAAAAAUCAUUAAAAUCCAAUAAGUGGUUGGAAAUUCAGAAUCUUGGAAUUCAAAAACUAUCCCCGUCUAAUAUAUAACAGGUUUUUUAUCAUAGUUUAAUUUUGAAAUGGGUUAACCCAAUAAUUUAUACAUAUUACAAAAAAAUAAAAGCUAAUCUCAUCAUUUUGGGUAUUUUUACACCUGGAAGUUAACACCCAAAAACAAAAUAAAAGAUCAAUGAUUUUGACUAUCAAUGCUUGGAACAAAAUUUACAUUAUGGUGGAAAUUUGGCACAACUAAUGUUUAUUUUAUUUAUAAAAAGUUGUAUUGUUACGAGUGCUGAUCUACAUAUACAAAUGGAAUUUACCUCCAAACAUUGGUGUGUGGCCUUUUUGUAUUUUUUUAAUGUAUCUAAAUCUGUGGUUUCGUCGCUCAUCGAAUUAUCUUUUGUUGGGUUGAGGUUAUUUAAAUAUUCUAAAUAUUGUCUUUGGUCUAUAAUCUUUCUGAAACAAUGUAGUCUGUACAAAUGUUAUCACUAUAGCUUUUACGAAGUAUGAUUUGUUUCGUUCAUUUUAAAGAUGCCCUUUAACUUUUCCUAAUAGCAUUGCAUGUAUUCAUAAUCUGACCAGUUAUUUUUAAAUCAGUAUGCUUAUCAGAAUAUUUUCCUGUAAAUAUUUAGUUAAGUGUGAGUUCUUAGCCUAGCUACCAUGUUCUACUUCCAACCCAUAUUUACCUUUCACAAAUCAGAAUAAGUCACACAAAAAAUCUUAAUCUAUUGAUUGUAUUUUACGAAUUUCUAUUCUUUUAUCUCCAUACACCUUUAUAAACUAUAACCUUUUGAUAAAUAUUACUGUCACUUACUUACGUUUGGUUAUGUUUACUAUAAGUUUUAAUCAAGUUCCUGAUCAAGUAUAAAAUGUUAAUUUUUGGUUAUAACGUUUUAUAAAAUAGUUUGGAAAAUUACGAAAAUUAAUUACACUCCAUUAUGUGUUUGGAGAUACACCCAACCUUAAUGACUGUAUCUAUAAUUUGCGUGCACAAUUUAAUUUUACUUUUCCAUUUAGUAGCUUGACAUUUUUUCUGGUUCCUUAACUAAUUCUUCACUACCUAAGAGAUUGUAAAAUAUUUUAUCUCGCCACCAUAUUCGACUUAACGGCCGCUUUAAUAGCUUAGGUGUCUGUAUAAACACUUUCUCAUUAGUCUAAGAUGUGACUAAAGUUUCUCUAAUUUAUACAUUUCCUCUGAUAUUGCAUAUUCGAGAACACAAAUAACUUGUACUCUAUGUAAAUAUUUGUAUGUUUAAUGUAAAGUUUGAAAUAACGCCAGAUACGUACACAAACUGUAAGUUUCGUUUUCCAUUUUUAACCCUGUAAAUUCAAACCGGUCAUUUUUGGCAUGCAAUAUUUUUGCUCACAAGUUACUUUAUUGCAAUAUUCCAAUGAAAUACAAAACCAACAUUUUGUACUAUUUGAUUGAAAGUGCCAAUUCAAUAAUUUAUAUAGUGCAAUGACUUUAGAUAUAUGUUAGCUUAUCUGAAAGCUUAGUAUGGUGAUGGACUCGGUUAAGCAAUGUACUAAUACAUCUUCAUGCCCCGACAAUCUGUAUAUAACCUAGUGUGGCUGAGAGAGAACAUGUUCUGCUUCAGCGAGGACAAAAUGUCCGAAGAUUCCUUAGAGAAAACACAUCCAUUCCAAACAGUUUUGUUCAAUAACCCCUUAAACAUGUUAUUGUAACUUUUACUUUGUAAAGCAUUGUUAACCUGUAUUAUUUUAAGUUGGGGUAUAUGCAGGGCUUAUGAAAAAUGUGUCAAGUGAUAGUAGAUAUUUAUUAUAAUACUAACUGUGCUAUUCAUGGACCGAUUAGUACGAGUCAAAUAUAUUGUAACGAUACUAUUGAAGUACUUGUAGAAACUUUUGUUACAAAACGUACAAAUGCAAAAAGCCCAGAACAGAUUUCCUUGAUAAACCUAUCUAUAAGAAAUAGAAAAGUCUCAAAAGUUAUUCUGAUUCAAUCAACCUAUCAUGAUUUACUAUUAUUAUUAUUUUUGGAAAAAAAAUAAUCUUAAGGUUUAUUUACUUUAGAUUCCAAAAGUUUGUUGAUUAUAUCAAGUCGUCUUAGUGGCGCGUUGUCGGUUCGAGUCUAAAUGUUACCAAAAUUUACUACAGUUUAAAUCUAAAGUAUAUUACAGUUCAUUUGAGCACCAUCUCAACCUUUUUUACCCUAUGUUCCAAGCACAAUCUCUUGUGGCCGAUUAACUUCAAAGUCUAUCAACUUCAAAAACACAUACUUAAAUCCUGCAUUUACCCCGUUACACACUAUGUUAUUUACUCUAAGUUUAUUUGUGAUGAGCACACAUAAGUAGACCUCAUAGGAUAGUCAUUUCAGAAAUAUACUAACCUGUUGCAAAUAUCCCAGUACGAGUUUGUAUUAGACCCUUCAGUAUGAAACACUGCCAAUAUCGCAAAGCGCUCGACAAUAACGCUUCGAAACUUGUGGAAUUUCCAAAUUUUAAUCUACUUUCGAUGGAAGGUAUUGUGAACUAUCACUGUAGCUCAGGAUAUUUUAAAAGUAGUAACUUUUUACUGGGAUACUGUGCAUUUCUCAGUGGAGCUGAUUUGGUUAUACAUUUUUUUUGUGUGAAAUAUUUGCAA